GGACUUCUGGACAGGACAAGACUCUGAAGCUACUCCCCGAGCCCAGGACCCCUCCCCUCACAGACCCAGCUUUCCCCCCAGUGCCACCAUCUGCCACUCCCUGGCCCCUCUCACCGCCUGUCCCCCUUGGGGCACAGGGCAUGGUGUGAAAGGCCAAGUGCUGAGGCGGGCACCAUGGGUGCUGUGCCCUAGGCCUGGGUGGCGGGGGGUGGGUGGCCUGUGGGUGUGCCGGGGGGGCCACUGUGCCCACCCCAGUCUCUUGGCGUGCUGGAGGGCAUCCUGGAUGGAAUUGAAGUGAAUGGAACAGAAGCCAAGCAAGGUGGAGUGUGGGUCAGACCCAGAGGAGAACAGUGCCAGGUCACCAGAUGGAAAGCGAAAAAGAAAGAACGGCCAAUGUUCCCUGAAAACCAGCAUGUCAGGGUAUAUCCCUAGUUACCUGGACAAAGACGAGCAGUGUGUCGUGUGUGGGGACAAGGCAACCGGUUAUCACUACCGCUGCAUCACUUGUGAGGGCUGCAAGGGCUUUUUUCGCCGCACAAUCCAGAAGAACCUCCAUCCCACCUACUCCUGCAAAUAUGACAGCUGCUGUGUCAUCGACAAGAUUACCCGCAACCAGUGCCAGCUGUGCCGCUUUAAGAAGUGCAUUGCCGUGGGCAUGGCCAUGGACUUGGUUCUAGAUGACUCAAAGCGGGUGGCCAAGCGCAAGCUGAUUGAGCAGAACCGGGAGCGGCGACGGAAGGAAGAGAUGAUCCGAUCACUGCAGCAGCGACCAGAGCCCACUCCUGAAGAGUGGGAUCUGAUCCAUGUUGCCACGGAGGCCCAUCGCAGCACAAAUGCCCAGGGCAGCCACUGGAAGCAGAGGCGGAAAUUCCUGCCUGAUGACAUUGGCCAGUCACCCAUUGUCUCCAUGCCGGACGGAGACAAGGUGGACCUAGAGGCCUUCAGUGAGUUUACCAAGAUCAUCACCCCGGCCAUCACCCGUGUGGUGGACUUUGCCAAAAAACUGCCCAUGUUCUCCGAGCUGCCUUGUGAAGACCAGAUCAUCCUCCUGAAGGGGUGCUGCAUGGAGAUCAUGUCCCUAAGAGCGGCUGUGCGCUAUGACCCCGAGAGCGACACCCUGACGCUGAGUGGAGAGAUGGCUGUCAAGCGGGAGCAGCUCAAGAAUGGUGGCCUGGGUGUAGUCUCUGACGCCAUCUUUGAAUUGGGCAAGUCACUCUCUGCCUUUAACCUGGAUGACACAGAAGUGGCUCUACUGCAGGCUGUGCUGCUAAUGUCAACAGACCGCUCAGGCCUGCUGUGUGUGGACAAGAUUGAGAAGAGUCAGGAGGCGUACCUGCUGGCGUUCGAGCACUACGUCAACCACCGCAAACACAACAUUCCGCACUUCUGGCCCAAGCUGCUGAUGAAGGUGACUGACCUCCGCAUGAUCGGGGCCUGCCACGCCAGCCGCUUCCUCCACAUGAAAGUCGAGUGCCCCACCGAACUCUUCCCCCCACUCUUCCUCGAGGUCUUUGAGGAUCAGGAAGUCUAAAGCCUCAGACGGCCAGAGGGUGUGCGGAGCUGGUGGGGAGGAGCCUGGAGAGAAGGGGCAGAGCUGGGGGCUGAGGGAGACCCCCACACCUCUUCUCUCCUUCCUCUCAUCCUCGGAUAGAUUCAGCUCCCACACACACCCCCGCACUACCCCGUCCCUCCUCAGAACCUCCAGCCCUGGGACAGGGCAAACACAUGAACUGGCUAUGAAAAGGACAGUGGGAGGCUGGGGGACCUUGUCCUGCAGUUCCCAGGACCCCGUCCUCUAAGAAGAUAGGGGAAGGGAGGGAGAACUAAGAGGGGACAAGCCAUCUUGACUGUAGGGGACAGGAAUGUGGGGUGGGGGAAGAUGCCCUCAACUCACCCCCUACACACACACAUGAGAGAGAGCCCCCCACCCCCAGUUCCUUGGCCUAGGUUCCCCCUCCAGGCUAAGGGCCUCUCUGCCUCCCCAGAUGCCUGGGUGCAAAGAAGGGCUUGGCUUGGCUCCUCCCUGGAGGUUAAAAAUUAUAGUCAUUCUAACUGCACUUUGGAAACCAGGCAAGGGGAGAAGAUAAAUGAAGAAAACCUAGAUAGAAAAAGAAAAAAGAGAGAGAGCGCGAGCGAUUGAUAGAGAUGAUAUUAAAUUAUUAACUGAAGCUGGCCAGAGGGGAGGAUCCCCCCCUACCACCCCCAUGCACUUUGAGAGCUGUCCCUCCUCCCCCCAAAUCAGAAAGAACUGCCCCCCACACCAGGUCCCCAACGUAGGGCUGCCGAUCAGAGCUGUGAGUUAACACAACAGGGUCCUGGCCACCCCCCUUGCCCUGCCCCUCCCUCUGUGCCCCUUUGGCACCCCCACCCCAGUACUCCCUCUGCUCUCUGCCACUCGUGCCCGCUGAGUUCCAUCUACCUCUCACGCUGGAUGCCAGCUGGCCCCUCACCAGCCUGCCCUGCUGCCUGCACAGCUCCCCUUUCAAGUGCCCAGCCCCAGGGGCCUCUCCCUGUCCACCGCCCCCCCCCACUCCUUCUGCACCUUGGCACCCACACAGGAAAAACUGUGGCUCAAACUCCCGCCCUCCUCACAUCCUGCAGUAUUAGCCACAAUCCAGAUGCUGCUGCACUCGGGGCGAGGGGGCUGUGCGUUAGCUUCUCCCAGAGCCUCCACCCCCUUAGGACUCCGUUUCCCAUAUGUCUUCUGGGCUCUCUCUGACCUCUGCCCUCCUCCUUCCCCACUCCCACUCAAUUUACCAACCCAGACUCUGGGUGGGCAGGCCCCAGGAAUGGGGUGCUUUGAUCAAUGGCACUUAGUUGAGGCCCCAGGGGAAGGGGCGGUUGGUGCUCCUCCUUUCUCUUUGAAGCUCUUUAGGCCAGCCGCCCCUCGGCCCCUGGGACCCCUUUCCCCUCUUCUUUUCUCUAAUUCAGGGACUUUGGCUUGAGCCGCCUCCCACCCUCCUGGUGUGGAGUGCUCUGUUGGUCUGCACUUGGGUGAGCUGCCUUCCUCCCUCCUCCCUUUGGCUAGCAUCCACUCUGCAGGGGAGAGGGUCUGAGUAGGUAGCUCUCCCAUAGGUGCGGCAAGGGGAGGGUGGGGAGGGACAGAGCAGACCAGAGGGCCCUGGGCUCAGGGCUGCAUGUCGGCAGGGAUGAAUGGGUGGACACAGAUGCCCCCCGGAAGCCAUGGGGAACGGGGCAGGGGCAGGGGAGGGGUGCCAGGGCUUCCUGCGCUUUGCACUAUUGGGGCAAAAAUGUCUUAAGCAGUGGGGAACCUGCCACCCCACCCUAACCCUCAGCCUGCCACAGCCCCCUACACACACACACACACACACACACACACACAUCCACACACCCACACACGAAGGCAAUGCUAUGCUGCCCAUCAGGGCACGUCUUUCCCCCACUGUUCAGGUGUCCUGAAAGGGGGGGGGGCCUGGAAGAGCAUCCACUGUCACCUGUGCGUGUGCCUGACCUGUCCCUGCUUGGGCUGGUGGGCUGCGCCUGCUGUCUUUGUCUCUCCCUCCUUCUCUCCUGGGGCACUGAUUCCUCCUGUCCUAUGGGAAAGCCCUCUUGUACCCUCCUCCUACCCCUGGGGGCCCAGUGGAAUUCCUGACCUGUCUGCUGUUUCCCCCAUUCCUCCAGCCCCAACUCGACCCCUCCAUCCCCAUUCUCAGCCAUGGACAUGGUGGAGAAAAGGCCUUGAAGAGGCUUAGCCUCUUACAGGCGCUUGGGAAUCCCCCCACCCCUCCCCAAUCAUAUGAGCUGUGACCGCCCCCCCCCAACUCUUCCCGACCCCUCCCCCUCACUCUCAGUGAUGUGGGGUGUGUGUGUGCAUUUCUCUGCGUGAAUGUGUGAGCGAGUACAUGUGGUGGGGAGGAGCUGGGGGGACUCAGGAGUGCCACGAACCUGCUCUAGAGAGGCAGCUGUCCCAGUCCCUGCUUUGGAAGUGGGCGACAGGGCCCUCUCCUGGGGGCCAUUGGUGCUAAUGAGGGGGAUGGCCUUGACGUGGGUGCUUAGCGUGCCUCCCCCAGUAUUGGCCCGGGGCACUAGGGCAGGCAGGGUGGGGCAGCAGGUGCAGUAUUGGUGGGAAGAGUGGCUACUGAGAAUAGGAUGAGGGGGCCAGGCCAGGACAAGGGGGUGCCAGAGCCAUGACCACUACCCCGCCCCCACCACCUGCCUCUCCAUCUCAGUAUUCCCCGUCCCAUCACUCAUAACACACAUACCUCAUCCAGCCUCCUCUCUGCUCAGACUUGGGGAGGGUGGGGGUGGAGGAGCCCCUACCCCUUCCCCUGGUGGCGGGUCUACAGGGCUGGGAGAGGGCAGGGCGUGUGACAUAGACACAGUCCAUAAGGGGGACAGUAAUUCCUGCCCUGGGAACUCCUGGGUUGGGGGAGGGGGACACUUCCCUGGAGGCGCUACUGAAUGUAUGAGAAGCUGGUGCUGGGGUGGGGGGAGGGGGGUUGUGGCCAGAAACAGGGAAGGAGGUAGGUCCCUUUCCCAGGGAGGGGUGGGGCCAGUAGGGGUGACUUGGGGGGGCUCCUACUCCUGCCCCACGUUGACAAUCAGUAUGUCUGUUAUGUGCGAUUUUUCACCCCGUUGUGUUUUGGGUCAGGAUUUUAAAGAAAGAUAUUUUUAUGGUAAUUGUUGCUCGUCUAUUUUACUAUAUAUUUAUGUAAUAAAUAUAUGAUGAAAAUAA